AUCUUUCAGCGGGAAAUGUUAUGUGGUCGAUCAUCGGAUGUUCCUGAAACAAAAGAGGGUAUCUUGGACAAAAAUGAUGUUGGUAAAGGCAGUGCAAUAGAUGAAACUGGACAGCGCGAUUGGGACGAAAAAUCGAGGAUCCAGGAGGAAGACGAACUGUUAGGUAGAUCAGACGAAAAUCACGACUUGUCAUAUGAAACCCAUUCUAACGAAACCGGUAGCUUUAGUGAGUUCCACACUGCAGUUGAAGGCUUUAACGAUUCGGAAGAGGGGAGUGGUGACUUUUCUAUCAACACGAAAAAAAAAAGUUUCGUCAAAAUCUCUACCGUUACAUCAGAGGAUGUCGAUCCUUUUGAGGAUGUCACUUCUGCUACCAAUGAAAUAACCGACAGAAAAGCAAUUUCACCGAUUGAAUGGGACAGAGUUUCUGAUGAAGAAAGCGAGAACAGAGACGAACUUCAUGCCGACGUCCCAGGUGAUGAGUUUUCUAAAGAGGAAGAAGCCCAAAACUCAGUCCGGUUUUCUGGUGUCAGAGGGCAUACCUGCACAAGUGAAAGAGGAAACCACAUUGAUUCGCGUCUUUUCCGUUCUACAAAGUAUUUUCUUAUCAAGAGCAAUAAUUUUGAGAAUAUCGAAAUAGCGAAGUCUCGGAAUGUAUGGGCUACGACAAAGGGCAAUGAGACAAGACUGAAUAAAGCAUUUUUUGACUACAACAAUGUUUUGCUCAUAUUUUCUGUGCGUGAGAGUGGUAGAUUUCAAGGAUUUGCGCGCAUUAUCGCCUCGUCAGACCCUCGGAUCAAGGUUGACUGGGUGUUAUCUUCACGUAUGAAUACUGGUCUCCUGAGUAAUCCUUUUCGAAUUAAAUGGAUAUCCAAGUCUGACCUCCCUUUCACAAAGACUGGGCAUCUCUUGAAUGCAUGGAAUGAAGACAAACCUGUGAAAAUCGGGAGAGAUGGUCAGGAAAUCGAACCUACAUGUGGCGAGGCACUAUGCCGGUGUUUCGGUAAAGAUGAACUUGGGGAAGAACAGAAACAGCCGAACACAGUUCAAGCUAUUGGCGAAAGAAUCAGUCGUAGAAACGCAUUUGAGAGACUUGGAAAAAUCGUUGGUCGCCAUGGUCAAACGAGUCAUAAUGGUUCUCGUGUUGUUGGGUUGAGCAAUCAAGAUAACACUGGACUGUUGGGGGAUGCUACUGGGACAAACCAACGAUAUAUGGCAUCUACUGAACGAAGGAGCUUGAUGAAUUACCCUUCUAUAACACCCUUGAUCAACAACGAUGGUUCGCGGCUAACCUCAACGGGAACUACACCACUAUUGCAAGUAAACGCAGCUGCCGCUGCAAUGGCAGCAGCUGCAGCUAUGGCUGCAAUCAAAUCAUCUGGACCACAGUCAAUAGGUGCUUUUGCCCGAAGUGGAGCGAACACUCUCAAUCCCACAAUGAACUCCAGACUGCCCAUACAACCACCUAAUUUCCCUAACAUAUUCUCAGCCUUCCCAAAUUCAGGCGGUUCUUUCUCACGUUUGAAUGUAUCUAGUUCCUCUAACGCAACCCUGCUUCCGUUUUUACAACAACAGCAACUUCGUAUAUCUGGAUCAGCGGCAAAUGCCGCCGCAGGUGCUGUUCUUUCACAAGCAAUACAACAAGCUCGUAGCCUAUCCAAUCCUAAUGUGAUAAGUCGACCAGGAAUACCACUCAAUCCUGUGGCAAACAGUGUGCCUGUAAAAUCUCAUGCCGAAAGAAGUCGUUCGCGUUCUGCUAGCGACAGCACAGCUUACAGUUAUGCUCGUGAACGUAAUCCAAGGCAUCGGAGAACUGACGGUUAUGUAGAAGAAGAGUCUUCACGAUUUGAAACAAUUCGACGGAAGUCACAUUCCCCGAGGAGGCGUGAAAUAACAUCAAGGCAUGGAAAUUAUGAAAGACCUCGCGGGCAUAGAUCUCGUAGUCGAUCCAGUUCUCUCCCUAUUGAUCGUAAUUUAUUGAUGACUUGGGACUAUGACGACUAUGUCCAACAAGUUAGUCGUGGUAUGCGACCAAAUAUGUAUGGUGACUUGGCCCCGAUUAUUAUUUUGUUGGGACCAUUAUAUUUUAUUAGGAAACUCGAUGUUAGGAAUCAACUUAUUACAUGCCGUGAAGAAAUCUCAAACAAUCCAAUGUUGUUCACUUCUGAGGAGUCCCAUACUAGGACGAAACGGCCGUCCAAUACUUCCACGUUUUCAUUGGUGAUGUAGCUUAGAUUGAUUCAUGAAUUCAACUAUUUAAAAAACUUGAGUCUGCCAAAUAUUCUAAACGUCGAAAUUCGUCGAUUAUUAUUUGUUGGUAACCAGACUAAUAAUUCAAUCGUUUAUUUUGUAGGGAAGUCGAGUUGCCGGUUCAAGUGCUUAUUUACAAAUUCCCCAAAGUCAUGAAAAUGAUCUGAAAUAUGAAGAAAAAGUAGAUGCGUUUUUACGUGGUAUUGGAUCACGUCCAAAAGUUUCAGGACAUGAUCACCACUACUCACGCAGUCCUAGCCGUAGCUGUUCAUAUAGUCCACCUCCACCUCAUCCCCACAACCGUCGUCGUGAAUAUUGCAGGGGUUCAUCAUCCUACUCCAGAUCCAGGUCUCCUUCCUGUCCAAGCAUACUUUUAUCUAAGGUUCGACGUGGAGAGAUAGAUCCUGAUGCUUAUCGUCACCGCCCACCAUCUCAAUAUUUAUCUCCCCGUAGGAGAGACCAUACAUGUUCUCACAGCCGCUCUCCUGCAAGCUUCGGUCGUGAACUUCCAGCACAAUGGAGAAAGCCUCCACAGGCUUCUGUAGCUCAUUCAACUGGAAAUAGACAACGACACCAGCAAAUAGAGGGGCGAGUUCCUUCACACCAAGCACGAUCCCCUCGUGUUGUCUCAAGUGGAGGGUCACGAACGUACACUACAAGCAGUCGUCAUCACAAAUAGCUGGUUGAUGUGUAUUCAGACUAUCGUCGCUCUCUGAUGCUUCUCGUGUGUUUUAGUUCUUGUACAGACUUCUAAGUUAAAUAAACUUUAAUGCACUCAGAUUCUUC